GAGUCGGCAUCAUUCUCUGCUUAUUCUAACACGUGUAGGAUAAAAAGUAAAUAUGAGUGGACGCGGCAAAACCGGUGGCAAGACCAGAGCAAAGUCCAAGACUCGCUCAUCCAGGGCUGGACUCCAAUUCCCCGUGGGUCGAGUUCACAGGCUGCUCCGCAAGGGCAACUAUGCCCAUCGUGUUGGAGCUGGAGCUCCGGUCUACAUGGCUGCCGUGCUCGAGUAUCUGACCGCUGAGAUCCUGGAGUUGGCCGGUAACGCUGCCCGUGACAACAAGAAGAGUCGUAUCAUUCCCCGCCAUCUGCAGCUGGCUGUGCGCAACGACGAGGAGUUGAACAAACUGCUCGGCGGAGUGACCAUCGCUCAGGGUGGUGUGCUGCCCAACAUCCAGGCUGUGCUUCUCCCUAAGAAGACCGAGAAGUCCAAGUAAUUUAGGUUCAACGCGAAAAACAACGGCUCUUUUAAGAGCCACCCACAUGCAUCUUUGAAAAGC